CUGUCGAUGGUUAGGAUAUCAUUACUUUCCUUCUCCUGAGUGACUGAAUAGACAGGAAGGUAUGGUGAGCCCCAGCUCAUGGACAUCUAUCCAGAGAGUAACUGAGGUCAUCUCUGGAAGCGUGUGACCCCUUCUUCCUCUCUCUCCUCUAUUUCUCCAUCUCUGCUCUUGACAGACAUAUAUCUGUUUCUCUGUGAGGAGGACAACAGAACCUUGACUGCCAGAUUCACAUUGGCGAUGUGUGUGUGUGUGUGUGUGUGUGUGUGUAUGGCUAUGAAGAUGUCAGUGUGAAUUCAGAGUGUGCCUGUGAACACAUAUGAGUGUGUAUGGGUGUGUAGUGUGUGUCCUCACUGCUCUUCAAACCCUGCUCCCUUAGCCAAGCGGAAAGGGUGACCUUGUGGAACCCAGAGACACAGUAACACCAUGGCCUCAGCCACUUCUGUGACCAGCCUGGUGGAUGAGGUCAACUGCCCCAUCUGCCAAGGCACACUGAGGGAGCCAGUCACCAUCGACUGUGGCCACAACUUCUGCAGGGGCUGCCUCAACCACUACCUGGAGAUUCCCAUCCCAGACUCUGAGGAGCCCCCUACCUGCCCACUCUGUAAGGAGCCUUUCCGCCUGGGGAACUUCCGGCCCAACUGGCAGCUGGCCAGUGUGGUGGAGAACAUCGAGCGCCUCAGGCUGGUGGCCACCCCAGGCUCAGAGGAGGAGGAUGUCUGCCAGGAACACGGAGAGAAGAUCUACUUCUUUUGUGAGGAUGAUGAGAUGCAGUUGUGUGUGGUGUGCAGGGAGGCCCAGGAGCACCGAGCACACACCAUUCGAUUUUUGGAGGAUGCAGCAGCUCCCUACAGGGAACAAAUUCAGAGGUGCCUUGAGAAUCUACGAAAAGAGAGAGAUGAGAUUCAAGGAGUCCAGUCAAGAGAAAACCAGAGGAUACAAAUCCUCUUGACUCAAGUAGCUACAAAAAGACAGAAAGUGAUAUCUGAGUUUGCACACUUGAGCCGGUUCCUGGAAGGACAGCAGGGCAUCCUUUUAGCUCAGCUGGAGAAGCUUGAUGGGGAUAUCUUGAAGCAACGAGAUGAGUUUGGUGUCCUGGUCAGUGAGGAGAUCUGCCGGUUUAGUGCUCUGAUUACAGAACUGGAAGAGAAAAACAAGAGAUCUGCCAGGGAGCUCUUGACGGAUAUCAGGAGCACUCUAAUAAGAUGUGAAACCAGAAGGUGCCGAAAACCAGAAGCUGUGUCUUCUGAGCUGGGCCAGAGGAUUCGGGACUUCCCCCAGCAGGCCCACCCACUGCAGAGAGAGAUGAAGAUGUUUCUGGAAAAACUCAGCUUUGAAUUAGACUAUAACCCAGCUUAUGUCUCUCUGGACCCCCAGACUUCCCACCCCAAGCUCCUUUUGUCUGAAGACCAUCACCGGGCUAGGUUUUCCUACAAGUGGCAGAAUUCACCAGACAACUCCCAGCGUUUUGACCGUGUUACCUGUGUCCUGGCUCACAGUGGCUUCACAGAGGGGAGACACACGUGGGUGGUGAACAUAGACCUGCCCCGUGGGGGCAGCUGUACUUUGGGUGUGGCGAGUGAGGCCAUUAAGCGAAAGGGGGAGGUGCGGCUGCGACCAGAUGAGGGAGUGUGGGCUGUGAGGCUGGCGUGUGGCUUCGUCUCAGCUCUGGACGCCUUCCCUACACGACUGACUCUGGAGGAGCAGCCCCAGCAGGUGCGAGUAUCUCUUGACUAUGAGCUGGGUUGGGUGACUUUUGUCAAUGCUGCUACCCAAGAGCCCAUCUACACCUUCACUGCCUCUUUCACUCAGAAGGUUUUCCCCUUCUUUGGACUCUGGGGUCGAGGGUCUAGUUUUUCCCUCAACUCCUGACAGGAUGGAUGCAACUACUCUUUUCAAUUAUUAUAAGAAAGGACAGUAUGAACUUAUCCUCGGCUGGAAGAUUUGGAACAGAAAUUCAUGCCUUAAGUGGUGUGACAGAGUCAGGAUAUUGGCAGGCAGCAAGGUGGAUGACUUUCAGUCUGCUGACCAGUCCCUUCAUCAGUGCCCAGUGGAUGGAUGGUUGGGUAUCUAAGGACUUGGGCUGCUGCCAGUACACUUCAUUAUACCCACCAGGUGCUGAAGAAACCACAUCGAGAAAAGAAUACUCCAUUUAAAGCCAGAGAAGCUGUGUUCUAGACCCAGUCUUAUAGCCAUCUGUAUGAUACUUAAGCCUCUCUUAAUCCUACAUUCUUCCCCAAAUAGUGGGCUUUGUGUAUUCACAUGCUAAAACAAUACAUUGUGUGCUAACUGUGAUCCAAGCAAUAUGGUGACCGACCACCUGUGAUGUGAAAAUAAAAAGAAAACCUUGUUUCAUAACUUGAAAGAGUUCAUGGGAAGAGGUUGAAGCUGGUGAAUGAAGAAAGGACAGGAAGAAGCAUUUUUUAGGGAAAAGAAACCCGGGGAACUGACUGAUCUGUGACCAACAGAUCAUGUCCAUUUUCCCCAUGAAUAGAUAUGCUGCCAUCUCAAACCCUGACACCACUCAGUGUCUGCUUUCUCCUGGUGAUGUCACUCCUGUUUGAUAUGAAGAUGUGGCACCUUGGUGGAAGAGACCAGGGAAAGCCGGGUCAUAAACCACAACCCAAGGACCAUAUUCAAUCCCUGGGGAAAGUUUUCCCUAUACUAUUGAUCACCAUCUGG